AUGGAAAAUCGAGAAUUUGGAAAAGUGAGUGAUAAUAUAGAAGUCGACCAGAAUAAUGAAUCACUUGAUAGUCAUACUAAUGUCUUAAACCAAGAACUUACGACCGAUCAAAUUUUGAAAAAAGUGGUGUAUAAUGAAGAAGAAGCAUAUGAGUUAUAUCGAAAGUAUGGAUUUUCCAAAGGUUUUAGUGUCAGAAAAGGAAAACAAUCAUAUUACAGUGGGACAAAAAAUAUCAAAACAAAAGAUUAUUAUUGUUCAAAGGAAGGAUUGAAAUAUGAUAAUCGGACAAGUGAAGCAAGUUUCAGUAAGUUAGAUUCUAGAACUGGGUGUAAGGCCAUGGUACGCUUUGUUAUUGAUGAACAAGGUGCAUGGAGGGUAAAUCGUGUUGUAGAUGAACACAAUCAUUUAUUUGCUUCACCAACAAAAAGACAUUUACUAAGGUCGGGUAGGUCGGUUUCCCUUUUUAAAGGGGUUGUAUUAAACUCUAUGGUAAAUGCAGGUAUUCGAACAGUUGAUGCGUAUUCAUAUAUGGCAGAAGAAGGUGGGGGUGAUGAAAAUAUUGGGUUCACAAAAAAAGAUUGUUACAAUUACAUUGAUAUAGAGAAGAAUAAAAUAAUUGAAGUUGGAGAUUCUCAGAGUUUGGUUAAUCAUUUUAAACGAAAGGCAAGUGAAGAGGGAGAAAUGUUUUAUUGGGACGUACAACUUGAUGAAAGAGGAAGAAUGACAAAUUUUUAUUGGCGUGAUGGUAGAUCUAAAGUUGACUAUGAUAAUUUUGGUGAUGUUAUAGUCUUUGAUACCACAUACCGGACAAAUAGAUAUGAUUUAGUAUGCGCACCAUUUGUGGGGGUUAACCACCAUUGGAAAAAUGUGAUAUUUGGGUGCGCAUUCCUCUCAGAUGAGAGAGAUGAAACAUUUGAGUGGUUGUUCAAUACAUUUUUGGAGUCCAUGGGUAACCGAGCACCAAAAACAAUUUUCACUGACCAAGACAAGGCAAUGGAGAAAGCAAUAGGAAAAGUGUUGCAUACUACCCGCCAUCGUUUAUGUCUUUGGCAUAUCUCUAAAAAUGCAGCUUCUCAUUUAGGUGCACUGAACUCUAAUCAACUAUUUCAUAAUAUUUUUAAUAAAUGUUUGCAAGGAUGUGAGUCAGAAACAGAAUUUGAAGAAACAUGGGGCAAGAUGAUCAUUGAAUAUACAGAUGGAAGUCAUAAGUGGCUCAAUAAGAUGUAUAAAAGAAGGUUUAAAUGGUGCACAGCUCUUAAUAAAGAUAUCUUUGAUGGUGGUAUAAAAUCUUCUCAAAGAAGUGAGAGCACAAAUAAUGUUUUGAAUGGAAUAGCUAAUAAAUCCACAUCUCUUACCAAGUUUGUGAUUGCAUUUGAAAAUAUGGUAAAGAAAUGGCGAAAGACUGAAGGAGAAGAUGAUUUUAAUUGUUACCAAAAAACUCCUACGCGUGCAAUUAAGUGUAGUAAUAUUCUAAAAGACGCAGCUGAUAUUUAUACUCAUAAGCUGUAUAAAUUGUUUGAGAAAGGGUAUCUUGAUGGAUGUGGAGCUGUUAAUUUCAAAGAAAUUGCAUGUGAGGAAGGAUUGUUGAGGUAUGAUUGCACGAUGCAAGGAAAAGAUUCAAGAAUAAGAGUUGUAUUUCUUGACAUGUCUACUAUGGAACUAAAUUGUUCGUGUAGAAAAUUUGAGACUCUUGGUUUACUAUGUUCUCAUGCAUUGGCUAUUCUACAAUUUAGAAAUGUAUCUGAAAUUCCUAAGCAAUUUAUUUUGAAAAGGUGGACCAAGGAAGUAAAGACAAGAAUUCACUCAUAUUUAAAUGAAAAAUCCUUAAAUGAUGGACGUGAAAUUGAAAUUGUAUGGAGGAAUCAAGCUAUGUCAUAUGCUUAUGAUAUUGUAACAAUGGGCCAAGCACAUGAAGAAACAAGGGAAAUUAUAUGGCGUAUGUUUGAUGAUGGAUAUAAAGAACUCAAGAAUUAUUUUAAGAAUUUAUGUUCAAAUAAUCAGUCCAAAAUAAAGAAAUACAAAGCUAGUAGCUUUCGAGAUGAAGCCAACAAUGAAAAUUGUGUAUUAGAUCCUCCUAUUGCAAAAACUAAAGGAGUUUCUAAUUCAAGGUUUAAAGGAUUUUUAGAGAAAAAAAAGAAGACAAAUAAAUCGCAGAAGAAGAUCAGAGAAAAAAAUAAGGUGCAAGUGGCUCUUGAUAUGGAUACAGCAGAUACAGUUGUGCAAGAAGGUGCUCCAAUAAUUUCAUCCACUGCUCCUAUGAUUUCUAUUCCACCCGUCUUCUUAAAUUUUUUGGAUCGAUCAAUAGAUUCCAAUUUGCACAAUGUACAUUCAUACCAUGGUUAUUUACCGAAUAUAUCUAAUCAAAUUAAUAAUUCUAUAUGGCACAUGUCUUCACAACAGAAUUCAUUUGUUAACUUGACCAUGGAUGAAUCAAAUGUCUCUUUCCCUGCUAAUUUGCAAGGAACACAUUUUUCAGAAAGUCUAUCUCAGGGACAUAAUUUUGAAUGGAGUUCUCAUAAUUGAAGAAUAUGAAGAUUCAUACUCAG